AUGCCGCUAUCAACUGGGUAUAGUAAUAGUAAUAGUACUAUUUACCGUAGACCUCAAGUUAAGAAGAGUAAGAGCAGAGCGUUAUUUUUUCCUUUGUUCCUGAUAAUAUACGCUGUGGAGCCAGUAAAUGUACCUCGCGACAAAGAGAAUCUUUAUCAUCACGUAAUGAAGCAUCGACAGUUCGUGGCGGUCAACAAUGGGAAGAAAUGGUUAGUCGUUCCAUAUGCUUGGAUCCAUGGUCAACGUUGCUAUUUUAGCGACGAAGACGCGCCGGUCCAGGCCUACAAAAACGAUCCAGAACACACUCGUCGGCCAACCCGAUCCCUGAAAUGGGUGGAUGUGGUUCCUUUUCUAACCUUUGAUGAAGCAGUUCAGAUGGUGAUAACCAAAAAUGAAGAACGAACUCAAGUAGAGGUCCUCGAGGAAGUGAGGGAAGACGAGAAGAUGAUUAGGGACGGUGUAGAGGCUUUGCAGUUCAAUGCUGAACGAGACCGUCGCCCCACUCUCCCCAUAAAGAACUCUGAUCAACUCGAAAAGUGGGACACAUACCUGUCCCAGGGACCGGAGCAAGUCUCUUACUACCACUCGUUGAUUCGGGAUUACGCCGUAGGGAUACAAGGACCAAGGGUGCUCGUUACUACUUUUGAGAAGACUUUUGCAAAGGAAUUCCGGAUGGAGCUCUGUCUUCCAAAAUCUGGUAGUUCCAGGAAGUACCAGAGCAUCCGGGGUAAUCUGGCCUAUACACAAUUUCAACAAUACUUCAAACAGCACCAUGGACUUGAAGAAAACAAAAUAGAUAAAGAGAUAGGGGCAAACCUCUUUAAUAUAAAACGAAAGUGAAAGAAGCCGGUCUUCUUAUUCACAGUAAAAAAUUUUGUGUAAA